UCACACACGGGCGGGCCUAGAGAUAUUAAGUUUCUUCAAAUAGACCUCUGAGACCUGAAAGGAACAACCAUCUCUUUCCUUUUGUGUUUCCCUUGUUAGUUCGGCUACGCCUUAAUCGGUGGAAUUACUUACUCAAUAAACUGAAGAAUAAUUUGAUCCGUCAGUUGAUUGAGAGCGAAUACAAUACAUGGAAGAAGGGGUGAAAACGGAUGAUGGUAGAGGAGAUGAUCAUGAAACCCUAAAACCACGCAUCUCUUCAUCAUUAUAUCUCACACUGAUUGCCAGCGGUGGAGGACUUGUUUAUGGUUAUUAUGUUGGAUUUAUUAUUGCCCGACUUGGUGUACUAGGUGAUCUUGAUUCAGUUCUUCAUGAAAUUAUUGGAACUGGUUUGGUUGGGGCGAUUUUGGGUGCCGCAGCUGGUGGUUGGGUAAAUGAUUGUUUGGGUAGAAAAUGCUCAAUCUUAAUUGCCGGUGCUUUGAUAUUCAUCGGUGCAGUGCUACUCGUGUUGCUCCUCUCUAUUGGUGAUAGUGGUUUGUACUCUAAUUAUUUCCUAGAAACUACUGGAAAUAUAUUUAUAGCCUUUGGGGUUGGAAUGGCUUCCACGAGUUCACCACUUUACAUAUCAGAAUCUUCUCCACCUAAACUGCGAGAUAUUCUUGUCAGCAUAAACUUUAUAUUUUACGGCGUUGGAAAACUUACCUUCUUAUAUCUUUAUGACGACAGGGAAAAUGAUGCAAUUAAGGCUGCGAAAGAAAUGUACACUUGUUGCGUAGUUGGGAAAGAGUCUGAUGCCCUCAGGUUGUUAAUUAGGAGUGGAACUACUGAUGAAGAUGAACUAAGUUUAUCUGGUAGCUGUAUCUUCUUUAAGAUACGUAGUGCGUGGAGUAAUCCUUUAGUACGUAAACAGUUUGUUGUUGGCACUUGUCUUCAAGCUGCCCAACAGUUAGUGGGGAUCAAUGCGCUCAUAUAUUGCAUCCCUAGUAUCCAUAGGAUGAUUGGCUUUGGAGCAUCGUACCCUAAAGGCGACAUCCCGUUCAUGAAGACUAGUCUUUGGGAAAGUUUUGGUUUAUUAUCCGUUCCUAGUGGCAUUUGUUGCACCUUUUGUUUGAUGGAGAGAUUUGAGAAGAGGAAGAUGUUAAGUUGGAGCAUAUAUUGCGUGUUAGCCGUUCUAUUAGGAUUAAGUUCCGUAUGUAUAAUAAUAUCACCUGAUACUGAUGAAGUCGUGAGUCAAUUCAACAGGUGUUCGAGUUACCACAUUCUGGGCCAAUCUAGUGGUGCUUGCCUGAUUCCGGAGUCAAGUGUCACAAUACAAGACUGUUAUAACGUCUUUGCACUGCCAGUUAUCUUUAUGUUUUCUAUGUUAAUGCUUUCAGGCAGCUUAGAAAUCAUUCCGUGGAUCAUGAAUUCACAAAUGUACCCGACAGAAGUUAGAGGGAUCUAUGGAGGGACAGCUGCGGCGGCUAACUGGACACUCUUCCUCAUUAUAAUUAUAUUUUAUUUUUUCGUAACUAAAACUCAGGGGCCUUUCUUCACAUGUCUACUUAUCAGUUUUCUUUGUUUCUUUGUUCAUCAAGUUGUUUGUACCAGAAAACAUAGGCUUCUUGAUAUUAACUAAAAAAAGAAAGUAGUUGAAUGAGUGUGAAAACUAUGUUACUGCAACAUCCCAACAAAGGUAUUUAUGAUCAGAUUGAUUCUCUGCAAAA